GCGCGGCUGCCUUCUGGACCCCCCUCGUCAGUGCCGGCAAGACCCUGCGGCAACGAGGUCUUCCGCUCUCUCUCUCUCCUGGCACCUCUUGUGUUCCCCUCGUCGAGCCUCUGUGCCCUGUGCCCUGCCCUGUGCCCUGCCCUGCCUGCCCUGCCCGCCCGCCCGCCCGCAACCAUGCCAGGCCCAGAAGCCGAUUUGGACGAAGAGAAGAUGGGAAUGCUCCGCAAGGCCUUCGCGAUGUUCGACAGCGGGAAGACCGGCAAGAUCGAGAAGGAGAAGAUUCGCACGAUCCUCAACACCCUCGGGGCAAGCUACAUCAACGAGGAACUUGAGGCUCUGCUCACCGAGAACGACGUCGACGGAACUGGGAAGUUGAAUUUCGAUUCCUUCGUGAGAGUCGUAGGCCACUUCCUUGAGGAGCAGGAUGAAGAAGCGAUGCAGAAGGAGCUGAAGGAAGCAUUCCGUCUCUACGAUAAGGAAGGUAACGGCUUCAUCCCGACGGCGGCGCUGAAGGAGAUCCUCGGGGCGCUGGACGACAAGCUGACCUCUGCUGACCUGGAUAACAUCGUGGACGAGAUUGACGAGGACGGGUCAGGCACCGUCGACUUCGAUGAGUUCAUGGAGAUGAUGACCGGCGACUAAGCCAGAAGCUGCUGCCAUCUAGCGUCGAAUCGGCCAAGCUCUGCCCCGGCGCUGCUCGGCCCGCUGCUGCACGAUUCGCGCCUCUCAACUACGCGCCGUUAUCUAUGUAUACUUUUUUCACUUCGCCCAUUUCACAUUCUUUACAAGCCAAAUAUUGUAACUCACUGUUCGCAGUCUUUUUUUUCUCUUUUUCUGCAGUGUUUAUUUAUUUAUUUAUUCAAUUAUUUAUUUUUGGCAAGCUUUUUUACAAGGCUUGUUUAUCAGUUUCGUUAAACACGUUAUAAUAAUACCGUAUGUGAUCGGAUACAUUAUCUGAGUUACGCGACAAGAAGGUUAUCUGUUAAUCAUUUAUGAGACACAUAAACGUCGACCAACAGACAAGAAAUCCAUCAGAGAUUGCAAGAAUUCUGGACCAAGAAGGCCAUUAUACGGAGACCUAUCAGCUGCAUGUUAUUUUUACAGCAGAUCCGUGGAGAGAAUACUAGAAUAUAUAAAGGAUAAUAAAGAAGAGAAUUAUCCGGAGAUGAGAGUUUCCCGUGAACCUUCCUCCUCCCUCCCCCCUCUCCCCCCCCCCCCUUACCCCGCCUGCUGAUUCACCCUUGUCCCAUCACGACCUCUGCAUCAGGGGUACCAACCUCCCCGCUGCUCUCGAAGGUCAUGUCCCGAGCGAGAGGCAGCUGAUGCACCGGGCUUUGGUUGGUACGCCUGGCACUCCCACGAGAGAUUCCGUGGAGAUUAACAGACACAACAUCCUCAUGUUUACGACGACGACACCUCCAGACUCACAACGACGCUUGAUUUCCUCUGUCGACACCAAGACGCGCUGUCUUAAAAGGCGUGAUUGCUCUGUACAUGAACUCUGCCAACCUCUAGCACACCGAGAGAGAAGCUUGUGCAAAUUCAAUGUCCUUGUACAAAGAUAACCACGGUUUAAUCCAAGAUAGCUACACAACCACCCGAUUACACAGAGCUUAUAAAUAAACUGAUAUUCACUUCACAAGACGCACCGACUCGGCCAGAGAAUCAAAACAAAGGAAAACAAAAGAGGAACAAGAAGCGCCAACAGACCAAGAGUACCAACCCUUCCGCCAACACGACUCACAAGGGACCAUCAAUGACAACAAAUGUUCACUCUCUUCGUAUGUGUGAAUUAAUUCCUAUAUAUAUUUUUCUUUAACAAAGGGGAGACGGGGAUUCACUCGUAAGUACGUCCGAUUGUCUAUUUUUUACUUCGACUUCUCUUGGCGACGCAGGAAGCAUAAGUUCGUCUUAUACUUUGCACUAUAUUAACUGUGGUUCAUUAUUCUUUACGUUAGCGGAAGUGACGAUCCCAGGACACCUCCAGGGCAUGUCACGCGUCAUCUUGUGCAGGAGGUUUUGUCAUUUUUUUUUUUCGCCGUUGGAGAAAUAAACUGCCAUUUAC